AUUAGCUCGCAGCCACCACCACGAUCGGCAGCAGCCGCAGCUACAUAUGCGCUGUUGACCAAAUCAACGGAUUGCUUCUAAAAAUUGUCCGGUGUCCAUGCCAUACACUCGUUACACGUUGGAAUGUUAGCCCCUGAAGAGAACAUCGAUCCCCGCCUGGCUGGUGGUGGGCUGCUAAGGGAAAUAUGGGAAGACUGGAGCAAAAAGUUCGAAGAUGGCCAGCUGAACAGUUCAGACUUCCGAAGCCACUGGGCGAAUCACGUUCCGGAACUGUUCGCUUUGAAUCCGUCGCUCAGCUGUCUGAGCCCGAGGUUUGACGAGCAGGCAAUCAACUACACAUUAUUACAAACAUUGGAGAAGUUCAUCACCGGAUCACCAGAACCCAGCAAUGUUGUCAAGCUCUUGAAACAGAAAGAGAGCCCCCCGUCUUUCUGUGGACGCGUCUUCAAAGCAGGAGAACCGACGUAUUCCUGCCGAGAUUGUGGGGUUGAUCCAACAUGUGUCAUGUGCGCCGCUUGUUUCAAAGCGUCCGAACAUGGCCAGCACAAAUACAAGAUGAAUAUUUCUCGGGGCGGCGGAUAUUGUGAUUGUGGAGACCGCGAAGCGUGGAAGAAAGCCCCCACCUGCGAUAUUCAUGAUAAAGAGUUGAAAGUCGACGAGGAAGUUGUACCACAAGAUAUGCAGGCUCGGUUGCGGCUCGUCGCCGAAACCGUCCUCAUUUACGCGUAUCAGUUACUUACCUGGAAUAAAGACUUGGAGCUUCCGACCGACCUUGAAGUGACAAAGAAGAAAGGUCUUUACGUAAUGAUGCUUUUCAACGAUGAAACCCACACUUACGAGCAGGUGAUCACUUCUCUGUCUCGGGCUAUCGAGGCCGACGAUAGAGAAGCCAUGGAGUACGCAGCGACGGUGGAUCGCGAAGGUCGCUCAAUGAUCAAGAUCGAUAGUUGGACGGUAUGCUACGCUGUGAAAAAUGCGAUCGAGAGAACAACCGGACGGAACGGGAAUAAACCUCUCAGGACUGCUGUGAUGACGGUGCCUCUAGUUACUCAUCAAAUUUUCGCCGCGAGAGCGAUCCAGUGGAUCGACAACUUCUGCAAGCAACUUCGAGCUUUCGCACGUAUCGUGGGUCACGUCCUCAUCACCGUCCCCACGAGUCCCAUUGAUAUUUACCCGUUGGUCCGCUGCGUGAUGCGGCACGAUACGCAACUAUGGAAAAGCGCACGCCAGCUGUGGCAUCAACUCAUCAUUAAUGGCAUACUUAUGGACCCCGAAAGCAAAUUGAAAUUUGCCAAAAUGUUUGCUAGAGACUAUCCCGAUUUGAUGAAGGAGUUCAUCGCAGACGAUCAUGAACAUACGAUGUCUGUGAUGAGCUUAUCGGUGCAAAUAUUCAGCGUUGUCAGCGUAGCACACACCCUUAUCGCGGAAGAUGGAGUGCUCUCGGCUCUGAUGCGCACUUUUCUGUCAGAAUGCGCGGUUCACAAAAAUCAAACCACGGGCAAAUUAGCCUUCGAUAGGAAUCACACAAGUACCAGUUUCAAGCGUUCCCAGUUUGUUCUCGGAGAUUUGAGAUACCUUCUCUACGUGAAACCGACGGAAGCUUGGAGUGACAAGCUGCGGAAAAGUUUCUCAUCUGGUUUGGAAUGUGUUCUCGAACUCCUCUCGGAAAUGCAGUGCAUGGAUUCUGUGGUCCGCCAAGUUGGUCAGCAUGUGGAAUUCGAAGCCGAAUGGGAGACGGGCAUAAAUAUUCAAUUGAAGCUCAGUCCAGUCUUGUCGAUUCUACUCGAAUGGUGCGAGAUGGAUAAGGACAUUCUCAUUCGAGCGAUAAGGAGAACCCUCGACCACUUGGUCCACGCGGAUAAAAGCUGCAGUCACGUAACUUACGUGGAACGCUCGUUGCCUGGUUGUUAUGAGAAGGAAGUUUCGUGCAUCGAGUACGAUGUGUCAACCCAACCAAUGUCUGUUCAUCUUCCACUGUCGCGGUUCUUGUCUGGAUUGCUCCUCUCAACGCUCAAGUUUGGAAUGGAUUACUUUUCCCAUCAGCUCGAAAUCCAGAACAAACCUUCGCUCAUCCAAAUCAUGGAACAACCCUUGCGUUUGCAAGUCAUGGUCGCGCAGUUCCGGGCAGGAAUGUGGCGUCGCAAUGGGUACUCGCUACUCAACCAGGUGUUCUUCUACGCGAACUUCAGGUUGCGGGCAGAAACUUUCGACCGGGACAUUUCCUUACUGCAAUACUGCGCAGCCAAAAUGAAUCCGAACGAAUUCCUGAUUCACGUCCUGAAUAAGUUCGAUCUGCUUCACUGGUUUGUGAACUCACAUACUGCCCGAACCCCCGUCGAGGGAUCGCCGGAUAUGUCGGGCCCGUUGGCGGAAGAUUUCCUCUCGCUGAUUUUGUAUUUGGUCGCCGAACGUCACCUUCCGGGUGUCGGCGAAGUCACCGAGACGGACCGUGUCAAGAAAGAAAUCAUUCAAUUGUUGUGCAUGGAGCCGUUACCGCAUAGCAUCCUGGUGAAGCAGUUGCCGGCCAGAUACGAUGACAGUGCGAUGGAAAUCGUCUUAGAAGAAGUUCUGAGAGAGAUCGCCACCUUCAAGCGAGUCUCGAACGCCAUGGGGAAAUACGAGCUCAAACCGGAAUACUACCAGUAUUUCAAUCCGUUCUUCUACCAUUAUAGCCGUGAGGAGCAAAGUAAAGCGGAAGAAGUUCAACUCAAAAGAAGGAAAAACGCCGGUCUGCCUCCUUUCUGCCCUCCGGCUGUACUCCCGAGCUUCUCGCCUGAGUUCAAACCAAUCCUCAACAUUCUAGACUGUGAUGUGUUCCAACACGUUCUAGACGUUAUCCUACGCCGGUGCCACGAAAGCUCGCCGUUGUAUUCUGACGCACAACUGGAGAGAGCUCUCCAUCUUGUCGGAGUUGGUCUUGACGAAGUUAAACGCGGAAGUCUUGGUCAAAAGUUCCUCGAUCGAGUCAAGGGUAUGAAAGAAAUGUUCGAAACGGCCAGCAGGAAGCUCGAAGCGAGUCCUUCACUGCUGGCGCUCCUGAAUCACAUCAUAAUGAGGAUCAGCGUCCCGACGAGCGGGGAAUGCAGCGAUACCACGAUGACGACAGCUGGGCCGGAGGACUCGAGUGGACGCAACAAACGAGGACGCAACGCUGAGCUCGCGGCGGCGCGUCGAGCGAAAAUCAUGGCAGCCAUGUCCGUCCAGCAGAAUAAUUUUUUGCAAGUGCACGGUCAUAUGUUCGAAGAGACCGGAGAAGGGCCACAAGACGAGGAGGAGGACAAACCGAAAUUCAUUUGCAUCCUGUGUCGAGAAGAAGAAUUCGUCUCCGUGCAGGCCAAGAAGAGCCUCGUCGUGUCGGCUUUCGUCCAAAGAUCAGCUGUUCUCCAGAAGUCCGCCCGGGAUAAUCCGGCCGAAAGUGCACCUCUGGGACGAGGACUCCCGCCCUCUGACCUACGCGGCGGAGCCCACAUCUCCACGUGCGGCCACGUGAUGCAUUCGUAUUGCUGGCAAGCUUUCUACGAACUCGUUCAAACCAAAGAACGCCGACGGCCGGUUCGAUACGGCCGUCACGUGAGUUUCGACGUCGCUCAGGGCGAAUUCCUGUGUCCUCUCUGCGAAUGUCUCUCCAACACAGUGAUCCCGUUGGUGCCGUGCCAAAGGGACGAAAAGUUUCAAAUUUUUCCCGAAAAAACUCUCUCCGAGUGGCUCGAUAACGUGAGGACGAUUGCUGAUACCGCAAUGCCCAUGGGGACGGAGGAACCUAGUGAAUUGAGUCGAGGGAAGCUGUGGAGGCCUGCCGAUGGAGUCGCUCCGGACAACAGACAAAUGUUGCCCCUCAAAGCCGAAAUGAUGUUGCACCGCUUCGUGCAGGCCACGAGUCAAGUGGUCCUGGGAGACGAAGACGAUCCCUUCCUCGCGCUUGCGUGGACGCUGGCGUACACCAUCCAAGCCACCGAAUGGUGCAUCCGUUCAGAAGACAAAGCCCUGUUGGCUGAUAUAUCCUCGAGAAAACUCUACUGCUUGGAGAAUAUGGUGAAGGCUACUCAAGUUGUGUCUUUGAUGGGAAUCACCAAUGGUUCGAACGUCGCUUCGGACUGCCUACAAGCUCUGAGAUGCAUUCUCCUACCUCAAACCGAAGUUGACUCCUGCAUCUUGGAAAUCGAUCCAUUUGGGCUCCUAUGUCUUCUGCACUUCUCACUCCAUCGAAUCUCCGACUACGACACGUUCUCACUGAGCAAAAACCUGCUGUCGCUCGUCACUGCUUUACACAUGGUCCAAAUAAUCAUCUCGCUCUACCUGCAAAUGGACAAGCAGGAAGAAGUACCUGAAGCAGAGCCGACAGCGCAAACUUCUUUAAUCGACGUAGCUCGCGUCAACGAGUUCGCGGGUGAAGUUCUCCUCGCUGCCGGACUGUCGGCCAACUCCAGAUUUCCGCCGGCAGCUCGUGUCAUGGACGCCCUCGUGCCGUUCUUGAGGGCCACCGCGAUUCUGCAAUAUUUCGUCGCGCCUAAAGAAUGCAGCGGAUGGAUGAGGAAUAACAAUCUAAACGACCCCACAAGCCUCUGUUCAUUCAUCGGGCUCUCUGUUGAACAUUUGGAUUCGAUUCUUCGAUGUCGCCCUCUGAGAGAACUUGCAUUGUCCUGGGCUCGCCAGCCGAAAGUUCUCCAUCUGGCGACAUCGCACUGGAAGCCCAUUUACCCUCUCCAAGUAAAUUCGUUAAUUUCCCUGCCGGCGGAUUACUCGGAACUCAUAAACUAUGUAUCCUUGCUGACUUGUCCGAGUUCCGACGGUGAAGUCAACAUCUUGGGGGACGAGGUCCGAACGCCGACCAUGUGUCUCGUCUGUGGCGCGGUUUUAUGCUCUCAGAGCUACUGUUGUCAGACGACCAUAGGCAACGCACGUGUCGGUGCUUGUGUGGCUCACACUGCCAAAUGUUCGGCUGGAGUGGGAGUUUUCCUGAGAAUCAAAGACUGUCGAGUCAUGCUGCUCGUUGGUGAUUCAAAGGGCGCUUAUCUGACGCCGCCGUAUGUUGAUGAAUACGGAGAGACCGAUCCUGGUCUCGCCCGGGGGAAUCCUCUUUCUUUGUGUUCCUCGGCCUACAUGCAGCUGAACCAAGUAUGGUUAACCCAUGGAGUGCCAGAGCAGGUCGCCCAUGCCCUGGAAGCGUCAGCUAACCUCAGCUCAACGAACUGGUCUCAGAUGUAAAAAAAAAACACCGGACUAUCAUCCGUCUCCAUCUCCGAGGUCCGAGUCAUAUGGAUGGGAUGACAUACGUACAUAUCUCAAAUAUAUAUAUG